AUGCGCGAUCCCCCUUCACACCGUAAACGCCCAGGACUUGAAGUAGUUAGCGAGUCCACGCUUGUCUACAUCUUCAGAGCCCUGCCAGAGAGCAACACCGGAGAAAGAGAAGCUGCGACUCCUGGCAAAUAUAUCGCUUUCUUCGGAGAAAACGAUCACAGAAAUGCAUCGAUGCCUGUGUCCAAAGACCCCGUCUCCCACAGUUCGGCACCAGGAGAAAUCAUUGCCGCGUUGCAUGCAGUAGCACAGACCCCGCUCGACGCACCACUUCGCAUCCUGAGCACAAAUGACAUACUCACAUCCAUGAUUAUAACCAAAUCGCCGGAAUGGGAAGACCACGGUUGGAUAGACGUAUCGCAGGCAAGGCACACACGCGUCCUUCUCAACAGACUUCGCCAACGAUGCGCCGUCACGUCCCUAGGGAAGAUAGUCAGACCGGAGGACCGAAAAACACUUGAUAAAGCGAGACAAUCCGCCUCCUCAAACCGAUCGCUGGAUCUCUUCCCCCUCAUCCCUCCCCCAACGCUCACUGAGCACCCGAGGUUUGACAUCACAGGAGCAAAACUCCCCGCUCUCACUCAAGCGCUAGCAUACAAAGGGAUCAUAGCAUGGAGGAACACGCCCCCAAGACGAGUUACAUCUACGAACCUUGACACCAUCCGCAACAGGACACCUGAAGACACUAUGGCUAACAAAACAAUAUGGCUCAGCACGAGACAUAAAGACUUCAGCAGAUCUUUCGCAACAUUCUUGUGGAAAUGCAUCCACGGGGCGCUGCGAUGUGGAAGCUACUGGUUGGCAAUCCCCGGCCUCGAGCACCGCGCCCAAUGUAGCUUCUGUGGAAUGACAGAAUCAAUAACACAUAUACUGUUCGAAUGCACAGCAACAGGCCAACGCGAAAUAUGGCAAAUAAUCACCGGCCUAUGGCUGAAAAAAGGCUUACCAUGGCCAGACAUGACGACUGUAGACGUUCACACCCUAGGACUGAAAACCUGGACAGACGAAAGAAAUAGAGUCAGACCGGGUGCAACUCGAUUAUGGCGAAUUAUGAUCUCGGAGGCGACUCACCUCAUAUGGAAACUACGCUGUGACAGAGUAAUUGGCCACCAAAAUGAAGAAAGCUGGGAACACAGUCCCCUGCACGUGCGAUGCAAACUCGCCUAUGUACUGAACAGCCGCCUUGCUAUAGACGUUGAGGCCACAAGAAAGCGAUACGGCAAACAGGCGCUGUCUCACGACCUAGUCCUAGCCACAUGGAACGCCGUCAUUUAUGAUGAACUAGCGCUCCCGGAUGAUUGGACGAAGUGCAAAGGUUUUUUAGUGGGUAGUUCCCCGAUCCUACGCGUUGAUAUAGAUCCGGGUUGA